AAAAAUAUUUUCGUGACUAGCUGGAGUACAGCUACGACCUGAAGGGACUUUUUGCAUCAGGUUAGAAUAUCAAUUUAGCUAACCAUAAAACCUAAACAUUUUCAUAACCUAAACCUGUCUCCUAACCUACCCCAUUAAUUAUCCUAACCUGCUACAAAAAAAACUACUUCCGGUCGAAGCUGUAUUCCGCUAGUCAGAGCCCUUGACCCGGAGAGAAGCAAACAAAUGAGGGGAAUACAUUUUUUUCGUUUUAGUGUUUUGAUUGAUAAAGACUGACAACAUGAACGACUUCGUAAAAAAUAAAUUUCAGAACAAUGUCAAGAUUUACACUGAUAAUCUGGAGAGAAUCGUUGAGAAGUAUUCAAAGCUGCAUGAUGAUGGGACUGAGGUGAACCUGGAGGACAUAACUCCCCAAGAUGUGAGCCGUUGCAUGUUCAAGUCAGAGUUGGCGCUGUCAAAGCUGGAAUUGUCAAAGAGUGAUGCUGGCCUGGCAGAGCUGUCACUAGGAGAUAUUUCUGAAAUACACAGGCCACAUGACACCACUGGAUACUUCAAGAUGGACAUCUCAUACCACCAGUAUGAUGCCAACAGUGAUUGUGUCGAUGAGGGUGCCUUAGACACGAGUGCUGUCACUGCCCCCAGUAACGAUUCUGCUAUGCAUCAGGCUGCCGAGAACAGCCACUGGGUGGACAAUUCCAAGGUGAAUGAGACUAGAAGUAACCUGUGGGGGGCACCAGAGGAGCAGGAUUGGGAGCUGGAGCGCUCUCUGAGCGGUCAACGGAGCACUCUACAGGAGCUGUAUCCCAGCAUGCUCAGUCAGAUAGGAGAGGCCUGGAGGCGCCAACAUGUGUCCGACGCGGCUGUAGGGGUGCUAAGGAGGUACCACAGACUCAGGUGGUCGUCUAACAGAAACUUCAACAGCACCCUGAGACCAGCUCACAGAAAACCUGACCUCAACAUUAGCCAAUCCAUCCUCCCAACAUCUCAGAACACCACACUGAAUGUGAGUAAUCCCAAGAGUCCAAAGUUUAACCUCAAAAGGACAAACGGCACCCAUCCUCCUCCACAGACCAAGGUCAUCCUCCAGAAGUGGCCAGCAGAGAGGCAGUCACCCAGGAAGCGGACAAAUUCAGGAAAUGGACAACCGUCUCGCUCUUUUCCACUGAUGGACUUCUCCUCUUGUCCUUCCUCUGCAGGCUCCAGUCCUGCCGCCUCUGCUCCCUCUUCCCCUCCCUCUUCCCCUCCCUCUGCUCCUCCUUCUUCCCCUCCCUCUUCCCCUCCCUCUGCUCCUCCCUCUUCCCCUCCCUCUUCCUCUGCUCCCUCCUCCCCUCCCUCUGCAGCCUCCUCUGCUCCCUCCUCCCCUCUCUCUGCAGCCUCCUCUGCUCCCUCCUCCCCUCUCUCUGCAGCCUCCUCCCCUCCCUCUGCAGACUCCUCCCUACAGGAGAACCCUGAGCUAGAUGAGGCCCCCCUAAACCAAACCUUCACGGUGUCUAUGUCCUCUGCCCCACUCACCAGGGUUAGGUAUACUACCCUUGUCUUCAGUCCUGACACAGCAGGAGGGUUGAGCAGCCCAUCUCUGAGGUGUGCCGUCCCCAGUCAGAGGAUUUUCACAGCAGUACGCCCUGUGGUCAGUAUGGACAUGUCUUCAGACACAGAGAGGUCUGUCUCAGCAGCACAGAGUCCCUACAGAGCCAGACUGCUGAGCUGGGAAGGCCAGCGUGCAUCUCCUAACACUGACCAUAGAAGCCUCAAAUCAGGCGUUGCUGGAUAUCAGAGAAACAUGGUGACGGUGGAACCCAGAUCUUCCCCUGCGUUUUCCCCCUCUUUUCAGAGUCCUCUGAUGUCACCCAGGAAGCUUCACCACCUAGACGCCUGCAGUACCUCCCAACUGAAAGUCCACUCAUCUCGAGUCACACAUCAGGAGUCUACUGCUGGGGCAGCUCAGCCAAAGCUCCAGCGACAUUAUUCCCUGGAUUCAUUCUCCCCAUCCAUCAGUCUAAGGAACUCCACUAAGCAGAUCGAUGAGGACUUCCAGAAGCUUUACCACAAGCUUGUGUGUCAGGGCAAAUACCACAAGCUUGUCUGUCAGGGCAAAUCGGUCCCCUCCUGUCGCAUGUGUGAGAGGAGAGCAGAGACCACCAGAGGCCCCUCCUCCUCUGCUCUGGCUGCCCUGGCCCUGUCUCCUCACCACUCUGUCAUGAGGAAGCGUCGCAGGGAGCUGGUCCAGAAACAUUCCCCAGAGUCCAAACGCUUCAGAGACAACUCCUGCGUGUACUCACCAGGAUCUCUCCGCCAGAGGAGAGAAAUGAUCAGGUGCCAGAAUCGCUUAGACAGCCACUUGUCCUCCACGCAUCUAUCCUCCAUCCAGAGGGACAUCUCCUGUGACUCCCACACCUGGAGCCCGCAUAGGGCCAGCCUGUUUCAGAUCCGCCACAGCCCCCAUCACCACUCAGACGCAGCAGUCAGGAAAGCUGCAGCCUCCUGGUCUGGCCUGCAUGUUGAUCAGCCCUCUCCUGCUUGUAGAGCGAAAUACAACAGAUUUGUUGGGAUUCAUCCAGGAAAGUCACCUGUCAAGGCAGAGUGCCAAUGUGGCUGUUCGCCAAGUUUCUCUAGGAGACAGCUUCUGUAUAAAUGAUGUCAGCCCACAGAAAGGCCUGCACCUCUAGAUGAUAUGACUGUUAAAUAUGUUGCUGUUUUAUAUCAGCUUUUAAAACAUGUUCCAAUGACUCAUUUGUUACAGUGUUCCCACGAGGUCUUUUUUUAUGCCCCCUUGGGAUAACAAUAGCUGUUUUUGGAACAGAUAGAUGCAUAAAAUACAUACUAAAUGACUUUGUAAUAAAACAAGUUUGAAAACUU